AGAAUAUUGAACAGAUUUCCCCCCCCCCCCCCCUUCCUUGGCGACACCAUGGAUAAAUCAAACAUCAACACCAGCAUCAUCUUAAUCAAGGCAAAGCCAACCAAUGUACAAGGAGCUACUGAAAGGCCAGCAGGAGCUGGUGGGGGAGGAGGAGGAAGAGGAGGGAGGAGAGAAGGCAGGGAAGAGUCAGCUUGGUGGAAGUGUUUGUCAAAGGUUGAAAUAUGACUCAAACCAAGGAGAUAUGAAAAACACUCUUGUAUAUACCUGGCAACCCCGUUGCUAAGAGGCCACAGCUCUGCAUUUAAAUAAGGUUUCAGUUACCAGCUUACACUCCAUUACAUUACAAUACAUGUCAUUUGGCUGACACUUUUAUCUAAAGCGACUUACAGUUGAUUAGACUAAGCAGGAGACAAUCCUCCCCUGGAGCAAUGCAGGGUUAAGAGCCUUGCUCAAGGGCCCAACGGCUGUGCGGAUCUUAUUGUGGCUUACUGCUGAUCAAACCACCGACCUUGCGGGUCCCAGUCAUGUGCCUUAACCACUACGCUACAGCCCGCCCACUCCAAAUAAUGAUUUUAUCUACAGUCAGUUAAACUAUAAGGUGACAUCUGGGCCCUGAAGUGCUGGCAUUGGAAAUCUUGUGUUUUACCUGAUAGUCUUGUUUCGUAUUUUAUAAGAGGUUUUGUGGAAAUUCCUGAGGUGGUGGCAUUACAGGACCCAGAAUAGCUUUACUUUUUGGCCUUUGUUUCUGCUUUGUCCUCACCAUCUGUCCCCAUUUUGUGAAGGGGGAUGUGCCCUGGGACGACAAGGACGACAGCAUUGAAUUAGGCGUGUCUCGUUUUGACUUUCUUACGCUUAACCUAUGAACUCAAGCGCAGCCAUUCUCAACAUUAAGUCCUCUCUCUGCAGGUGGACUGGCUGGACGUGAUUAACAAGUGCUAUAAUGAAGUCACUUUCACCCCUGGAAAGACACCAGUUGCUGGAUACAUGUGGUUCAACAUCGUCAGCGUGCAGACUUUUGAGCGUAACCUGGAGAUGGCGCAGGUGGAAAUGGGUAUCGAGGGGGAGCACAAGCUGUCAGUGGUCUAUGCUAAUCGGAUGGACGGGUCCUUCUUAGUCCAGCUGGUGCCCUCUCUGGUUUUAGCCACCUUCGUGAUGACCUCACUGCGGCGUGUUGCCCGGGGAAUAGGGGGCCUUUUCAGCAUGCGCAACACCACCGCCAAGGUGCUGCGGGACGAGAUUGGCGUCAAGUUCAAGGACGUGGCAGGGUGCGAGGAGGGCAAACUGGAGAUCAUGGAGUUUGUCAACUUCCUCAAGAACCCCAAGCAGUACCAGGACCUGGGAGCCAAGAUCCCCAAAGGAGCCAUUCUCACCGGGCCCCCUGGCACAGGGAAGACUCUGCUGGCCAAGGCCACUGCCGGGGAGGCCAACGUGCCCUUCAUCACUGUCAACGGCUCCGAGUUCGUAGAGAUGUACGUGGGCGUGGGGCCAGCCAGAGUCCGUGCCCUGUUUGUUUUGGCCCGUAAAAACGCCCCCUGCAUCCUGUUCAUCGACGAGAUCGAUGCCGUGGGGCGAAAGAGAGGCGUGGAUCGGGGGUACAGCCAGCGAGAAAACACGCUCAACCAGCUGCUGGUGGAGAUGGAUGGGUUCAACACUGCCACCAACGUUGUGGUUCUGGCAGGAACCAACAGGCCUGACAUCCUGGACCCUGCCCUCAUGAGACCUGGUCGUUUUGACCGACAGAUAUAUAUUGGGCCUCCGGACAUCAAGGGCAGGGCGUCCAUUUUUAAGGUUCACCUUCGGCCUCUCAAGCUCCCCUCGGAGAUGGACAAAGACACUCUGGCCUGGAAGAUGGCUGCCCUCGCGCCAGGGUUUUCAGGUGCAGACAUUGCUAACCUGUGCAAUGAAGCAGCAUUGAUCGCGGCUCGACACCUUUCUGACACGAUCUCCCAGAAGCACUUCUCCCAGGCCAUCGAGCGUGUGAUUGGAGGUCUUGAGAAGAAGUCCCAAGUCCUCCAGCCGGAAGAGAAGAAGAAGGUGGCCUAUCACAAGGCAGGACACGCUGUAGCGGGGUGGUUCCUGGAGCAUGCUGACCCCCUGCUGAAGAUCAUGCAGUUUGGGAUGAACGAGAAGGUGGGCCAGGUGUCCUUUGACCUCCCUCGACCGGGCGAGAUGGUUCUGGAGAAGCCCUACAGCGAGGCCACCGCCUGCCUCAUCGACACGGAGGUGCACCACCUCAUCACUGCGGCCUACGAGCGAACCCAGGCCCUGCUGGGUGAGCAGAAGGCUGAGGUGGAGAAGGUGGCGCUCCGCCUUCUGGAGAAGGAGGUCCUGGACAAGAACGACAUGGUGGAGAUGCUGUGGCCCCGGCCUUUCGCAGAGAAGCCCACGUACGAGGAUUUUGUGGAGGGGACGGGAGGCCUGGAGGAGGACACCAGCCUGCCAGAGGGGCUGAAGGGCUGGAACAUUUACUGAUUAAUUUUGCUUCUGUGAAGUGGAUGUUUUACUGUAAUCUGGGGUGAAAUGCACGCGUUGGCAUAAUACACAUCUUAAAUCAAAUAGAGGUAAAAGUAGGCUGGGCUCUAACAUCACAGACAGAGCCCUGGUUUACUGCACAGACUGGACUCUGACUCUGACUGUGCUCCUAGCAGGGUUUACUGCACAGUCUGGACUCUGACUCUGACUGUGCUCCUAGCCGGGUUUACUGCACAGUCUGGACUCUGACUCUGACUGUGCUCCUAGCAGGGUUUACUGCCGGACUCUGACUCUGACUGCUCCUAGCAGGGUUUACUGCACAGACUGGACCCUGACUCUGACUCUGACUGUGCUCCUAGCAGGGUUUACUGCACAGUCUGGAUGCCUGUGGAACUGGCUGAGAUUGGAGUUGCUCCAGUCACAGCCAGCCUUGGUAAACAUUUGAUCUGUUUUGUAGUCCCAAAGCCAAACCAUGGUUAAUAUUAUGCUCUGCUUCAGAGUUUAUAAUUAUUUUUUGUUCCAUUGUGAAAUAUAUUUUUGACUGCAAAAUGUGAAAUAUAUAUAUAUUUAAAACACCAGUGAAUGAAGGCCUGGGCCUGCUCCUUUGGGGUCUAAGUAUUGAAUUUCAACCUGUCUUUUCAGGGAAUGCUAUAAUAUACUAUAGGAGGAGAGGUGAAUACUAGGUCGAUUAGGACUAUUCCUUAUUGUAACAGCUGCAAGUAUACAGCUGCUAUUGUGUGCAGAGCUGGACCAGACACAGAGAUCAGUCCUCUAAAAAGCCAUUUUCACAUGGACUGUGACAUCGCAGAACAGGAGCGCAUACUUUGUUCACCUUUAAUAAAAA